GAUCCAUUGUUGAGCAUUAAAAUGGCAGAAUCCAGUAUUUCUUUGGCUCAGGAUCAGUUUGUCUGUCCAGUCUGUCUGGAUCUACUAAAGGAUCCAGUGACAAUUCCCUGUGGACACAGUUACUGUAUGAGCUGUAUUACAGGCUACUGGGAUCAGGAUGAGCAGAAGGGAGUCUACAGGUGCCCUCAGUGCAGACAGACCUUCACUCCAAGACCUGUUUUAGGUAAAAACACCAUGCUGGCUGAAGUGCUGGAGAAACUCAAGAAGACAAAACUCCAAGCUGUUCAUCCUGACCAGUGUUACGCUGAAUCUGGAGAUGUGGAGUGUGACGUGUGUACUGGGGACAAAAACAAAGCCAUCAAGUCCUGUCUGACGUGUCUAGAAUCUUUUUGUCAAAAUCAUUUUAAACGGGAUGAAGAAUUUUACUCAGGAAAGCGACAUAACGUGAUGGACGCCACUGGACGACUGCAGGAGAUGAUCUGCCCUCUACAUGAUAAACCGCUGGAAAUUUUUUGUCGUACUGACCAGCACUGUGUAUGUUAUCUGUGUACAAUGGAUGUGCACAGAAACCACAAGACUGUAUCUGCUGUAGCUGAGUGGACAGAGAAACAGAGACAGUUGGAAGAAACCCAGAGAAAACUCCGCCAAAAAAUCGAGAAAAGAAAGGAGGAGAUUCAGAGGCUGAGAAAGUCUGUAGAGUCUCACAAGCGCUCUGCACAGGCAGCAGUGGAGGACAGUGAGAGGAUCUUUACUGAGCUGAUCCGCUCCAUUGAGAGAAGCCGCUCUGAGGUCACACAGCUGAUCAGGGCUCAAGAAACAUCUGCAUUGAGUCAAGCUGAAGUACUAUUGGAGCAACUGAAAAAUGAGAUUGAAGAUCUGAGGAGGAGAGACGCUGAGCUGGAGCAACUUUCACACACAGACAAUCACAUCCAUUUCCUCCAGUGUUUCCAGUCUCUCUCUGUCCCUCCUGGAUCUACAGACUCGCCCAGCAUCACUCUCAGUUCUUGUCUCUCUUUUGAUGAUGUUGAAAAAUCCAUGACUCAAAUGAGAGAGAAACUGGAGCAUUUCUGCAGAGAGGAGAUAAAAAGGUUAUCUAGUAAAGUAACAGAUAUUAUGAACAGUCCUACCCCUGAGCCCAAAACCAGGAAGGAGUUUCUACAAUAUUCACGUCAGCUCAAUGUGGAUUUAAACACAGUGAACAAACUUCUCUGUUUGUCUGAGGGGAACAAAGUGAUUACGUACACUAAUAAAGUCCAGCCGUAUCCUGAUCAUCCAGACAGAUUUGAUCACUGGUCACAAGUGUUGUGUAGAGAGAGUGUGUGUGGACGCUGUUACUGGGAGGUUGAGUGGAGUGGGCGGGUGGAUAUAUCAGUGUCAUAUAAGAGCAUCAACAGGAAGGGACGGGGUGAUGAGAGUGAGUUUGGUUGUAAUGAUCAGUCCUGGAGUUUGGCCUGCUAUAGGUCCAAUUGCUCAUUCUGGCACAAUAACGAAGGAACUGAACUCCCUGUAGUCUCCAGCUCCUCUAGAAUAGGAGUGUACGUGGAUCACGGUGCAGGAACUCUGUCCUUCUACAGAGUCUCUGACACAAUGACCCUCAUUCACAGAGUCCACACCACAUUCACUCAGCCUCUCUAUGCUGGGUUUAAUUUCAAUUCACUAUCUGUAUUCUUUUCCAGAACAGAAUCAAAGGUUAAACUGUGUGAUCUAAAAAUAUAGAUGAUUCAAGUGAUUCAGCAAAUAAAACUGCAUAUUAGAAGUUUGAGCUCCAAAAUAAAUCAGCAACUAUAAGACGUUCUGAAGUCUGCCGAACUCUGUGGAAAUAACACAUGCCCGAUUUCUGAAUAAAAAAAAUAAUUAUUGUAGAGAACUUAAUGUAUGAAUAUGGAAGAGUCAUCAAUGA